UUUCUAGAAUGGGACAAAGAUAUUUUUUAGUUGAACUCAAUAUCAAUAUCAAGCCAAUUUAUGGAUGAUAUUUAGCUUUGCAUUUGUGGCAGCAAAACUCAGUUUUUUUUUUUUUUCAAGUUUCAUCAAUGGAAUCCUCUGCUAUCUUUAGGCUUUGUUCUCCUCCCUCUUUUCUAACACCAAAACCAAACAUCACUAAAUCUCACACAUCAAUUCCAUGGAAGUUCAGAACUUCUUUGCCUACUCAUCUGCACUGUGGCAAGAUGUUUGUCCCUGGAUUUGGAGAAGCAUCUCCGGAAGCGCAGGCAGCAGAUAAUCUCCACCAGUUCUUCACUUACAUUGCAGUCAAGAUAGUUUCUGCCCAACUUGAGAGCUAUAACCCUGAAGCCUACAAGGAUUUGAUGGAAUUCUUGGAUAGACACUCUCUGAAAGAUGGAGACAAAUUUUGUGCAGAUUUAAUGAGAGAAUCCCCAAUGCAUAAAAGCUUAGCACUACGAAUUCUCGAGGUUCGCUCUGCUUACUGCAAGAACGACUUUGAGUGGGACAACUUGAAUCGGCUGGCUGUCAAGAUGGUUAAAGACUCGAACACAAAAAUUAUGAGGGAUUAUGUCAAGGAAACAAGUCAGGUCGAAAGUUAGAAGUGGGACAACAUAUCGAGUAUAAUCAUAAUGGCCAGCACACUAAGAAGAGCAGCAUUUAACAAGUGAACCAAAAUAUAGGAUUUCAAGGCAUUUACAUGAUGGAUUCUAUUUGAUAUGUAUAAUUUAUACAUUUUUACCAGAAAACUUGAAGCAUUUAGUUGUUACAGGAAAACUUCAACUUGUUAUGCCGUGCUUGCUGGUAGAAGAAAAUCUGCACAUGUAUAAAGAUCCAAGUGAUACUAGUGUAAAUUAGUAUUCUACCUUUAUUCCACAAGUCUCCAAAGGUCUGAAGCAGCAUUAACAUGGCCCGAGCUGAAAUAUGAUUGGGCAUUUUCUUCAAUAUUGUCCAACCUGCAGUACCAUUGAAAAUUUUCAAGCCUAUACAGAGGUGAGAAUGACAAAUUGACAAAAUAUAUGUGUGCGGGAGAUUAAAGAUCCAUUUUGGUUGGGGUUUGCACUAAAAUUAUUCUAAUUGCAAAAUGUUUCAACUGAACAAAAGAAAUUUUCUUCAUUUUGCAAUUAGAAGUUGGUUAUGGGAAAUAUCCCUAUGUUCUGCUUGUAUGUUUUACAGUACAAACUAUGAACCUUUUCGGCGAGGGAAGGUACAAAACUACAAAGUAAGGUGAAGUGAAAGGGUAAAAAGAAAAUCCUACAAGAAUAGACAGA